AUUAUUUUGCUCAUUUAUUACCAAUUUCUUAAAAGUUGGAUAAGGAAGUACGUAUGACGGUGUGAGUUGUCAAACAUGGAAACUCCACCAAAUCUCCACCUACGCCAUUCUCCUUCUUUCUACAAUCUCACUUUGGUAAGAAUGAGCAAGAACAAGAACGAGAACCAGAAGAAAUGCCAAAUUACAGUUCCAAUACUAAUGGUGGUUUCAGCAAUCUUGUACAUCUACUUUACUACUAUCUUCGUCUUUAUUGAUCGCUGGUUUAGUCUUUCUACAUCUCCUGGCAUUUUCAACGCCCUCGUUUUCACUGCUAUUUCCGCCAUUUCUACUUUCAACUAUGUUCUUGCAGUUUUUAGGGAUCCUGGUCGAGUUCCUUCUUCUUUCAUGGUUGAUAUUGAAGAUUCUGAUAAUACCGUCCAGGAGGUUAAGCGCAAGAGUGGUGACUUGAGAUAUUGCCAGAAGUGCUCCCAUUAUAAGCCUCCACGUGCUCAUCAUUGUCGAGUUUGCAAAAGAUGUAUUUUGCGGAUGGAUCACCACUGCAUCUGGAUUAACAAUUGUGUAGGCCAUGCAAACUAUAAGAUCUUUUUUGUCUUUGUGCUUUAUGCUUUGAUAACGUGCAUGUACUCUGCAGUAUUGCUUCUGGGUAGUAUAGUAAGCAACAUUGUAAAGGAUGAAUCACAGAGUGAAGGAUCAUCAAGAACUAUAUAUGUGGUAUCAUGCCUUCUUAUUUUCCCUUUGACUAUAGCACUUUGUGUACUUUUUGCUUGGCAUAUCUACCUCACUCUACGGAAUAAGACUACCAUUGAGUAUUAUGAAGGAGUGAGAGCUAUGUGGCUGGCAGAGAAGGGCGGAGAGGUUUAUAGACAUUCUUAUGAUCUAGGUGCUUUUGACAACCUAUCUUCGGUUCUUGGUCCAAAUUUCUUUAGUUGGAUAUGCCCUACCACAGGCCACAUCGGUUCAGGUUUACGCUUCCCUACAAUAUAUGAUAAGCUUACGGGACCAUUAUCAGAAUGAGAGGAAAUUUAUUUAGAAAUUUUGCCAGUAAGAAGACAUUCAGUUGAUUCAGGGCAGUGCUUGAGUGUUUUGUUUGUCAAGUUUGAGUGCUUCGCCAAUAUUGACUGGUGCAGUUGUCGACCAAUGUGUUCGAACGGUUUUGGUGUCAAUGUACAUGCAAAUUGUAAGUCCCACAGUACAGAUAAGUCAAAUUUAUUCCAAAGGUAAAUGGUUUUUCUUGUGGAUAGGCUAUGGUGAAAACGCUCGAGGUUCUCGAGUCACGACUCACGAGACUUUGGAAACUAGUCUUGGAUUAUAGAAGUAAGACGCUGCACAACUCGAGCUCAUAACACAGCUCAAGUCUUGCUUUAUGCACUUGGAUGAUUCGAAUGAUCUACAAAUUUGUGACCUUAUUGUAAUACUAGAAAAUUGUAAUAUAUCAGGUAUAUUUGUAAUCUGUAAUGCAAUGGUCAUGUGUUCAGUUUUAAGUUAUAUGAUGGAUUUUUAGCUACA